AUGCUGCCUUUCAGCGUCUUACUGGUAUGGUUAUGCCAGACUGUGCUGGCACAGUACUCCAGUGAUGACCUCUUUUCCUUCGUUACGCUCCCCGACGUAAGGGCAGUGAAAUUCAACAUCAAAUACCACAAUCGCGAGCGCGUCAGUCCCGGGUACUGGUUUGUCUCGCCGUACCUACACAUCGACCCCGAUCCACCGAGUAGUUUGUACGAACAAUACCAGAUCGGUCCGCACAUCUACGAUGACGAAGGGCGCCUCGUCUGGACCGGCUCGCAACAGUUCGACAACCGCAAUGUCUUCGAUUUCAAGGUUACCAACAGCCUCGGCCCCGACCCACACCUCUCUAUGGUGUUGCAACACUCGUGGGAUGGAGGAGAGGAUUCUGGAUUUGGAAUUGUCUUGAGAAACGACUAUGAACAAGACCGGAAGCUUCCUUUGCGACGCGACCUGGGUAUUUUCGACAUUCACGAGUUCAACAUUCGCCCCGAUGGCAAGUCCGCGCUGCUCUCCAUCUACCUCUCCCACGAAAUCACCCUUGAGGAAUACGGUCGGCCCGGUGAGCCUACCUGGCUCGAGACUGGUGGCUUUGCCGAGAUCGAUAUGAGAACAGCGGAGGUGAUCCAGUGGUGGGAUUCAUUCAAUCGGAUUACUCUUCGGGAGACUGUGCAUUACGGCCCGGCCUCCCCAGCGGAAGCACACCCAGGUUGGGAUUAUGUGCAUAUCAACUCGGUUGAUAAGAAUGAUGCUGGUGACUACCUGAUCUCGGCACGAUUUACCAACACCAUAUAUAUGAUCUCUGGUAUCAACGGAGACAUUAUGUGGCGACUGGGUGGAGCUUAUACUAAUUUCCAGCAAGACUUUGUCUUCUCCAAGCAGCAUGACGCGAAAUUCGUGGAGUCGAAUGGAACACACCAUAUCAUCUCUUUCUUGAAUAACGCUUCCGACGAGGAAUUUAACGAGGAGAACAUGUCGUCGUCUAUGUUUGUGGAACUGGACACUGGCGCAAACCCAAUGACCGCCCAUGUUAUCCGACGUUACAACCGCCCUGACCGCGAGCUCUCGAGGCUGCGUGGAAACACCCAGCUGCUUCCUAAUGACAAUGUGUUCAGCUGCUGGAGCAAGGCAGGCUAUAUCUCCGAACAUGCAGCUGACGGAGAGCUCUUGUUUACUGCCAACUUCACUUCUCCCCGCUACUCAAGCUACCGAGGAUACAAAUUCGAGUUUACUGGUCGUCCCAAAAACCCGCCCGAUGUGGUGGCCUCGGUGUCUGGCACCGACGAGACAAACAUGGUGACCUCUUUCUGGGUCAGCUGGAACGGAGCCACAGAUGUCGCGACAUGGAACUUCUACGCACAAGCAUCUGAAUUCCAUGUCCCCGUGCUCAUCGGAUCAACCCCCAAAUUCGACUUUGAAACCAUGUUCGUUGCAGCCGGUUACCUCGACUGGGUAUCCGUCGUGGCCCUAGAUGCCAACGGCACAGCCCUCGGCAAGUCCGCGGUCCAUCGUACCAAGUACCCGAACUGGAACUCAGUCGGAUACAAAGGAAAGUCGACCUCGCCCCGACCCAACGAUCCCUCAAUUAUCUACCAAGCAAGCGACAAGGUCGGCGGCGACAACGUCAUGGACGAGGCUGGCCGUACAUCCUCCGAUGCAAUGGACGCCCAAACCCAAAAGACCAUCCAAGUCCUCAACCACUCUUACGAGGCUAUUCGCAGCAUUGGCGGGACGUUCGCUUUCAUUUUACUUUUUUGCUUGUUCUUUAGUGUUUUGGCAUGUUACAUGGUUAUUCGCGGCUGGCGGGUCCGGCUCUACCAGCGUCUCAAGAUGGAGGAUAGAUACCCCGAGGAACAGGCGCAUCUGCGGUCUAUGCAUCAUGAGGAUUGA